GAACCGGACUUGCCCGGGCAAGUGGCCCCUACCGGCGCCUGGAGAGCCACGUGCGGACCGGAAGGGGCGCGCGGGACUGCAGGUGGACUCCUGUUCCCUGCACGCGGGUGGCCAGGGUCGGUGAGCCACGGCGGCGUGUUCCGGGCCGCAGAGCCCCGCGCGUGGUGUCCUCCCGGGCCUGCGGGGACGUCCGGAUUCGCCCAGGCCAGCUCACUGGGCCGGCGGGUCUGCAGGCCGGAUCGCCGGCGCAGCCUCUCGGCUGUCUGCGGCCUGCCCGGGGGUCCCGGGACUGAGGAGACGGCGCUGGGCGUUGGGAUUCGCCGGGCCAGGUGCUGUCCCGUUGGAAGAUCACCUCCAGGAUUCCCUUGCUCAGAGCUGAGAGCCGACUGGGAUGGUGUCCCAGAAAGGCUCCGAAUCUGCCCAGUGUCUGUGCCCUCCCCUCUCCAGCUUGAAUGCCAAGGAUGCGCUUCGGAGAAAGCACAAGAGGAGGAGCCGACAGCACCAGCGGUUCAUGGCUCGCAAGGCCUUGAUGCAGGAGCAGGGGCUGCUGAGCCCACCCCCAGAGUCAGACUCCUCCCCACUGCCCACCCCGUCGGAGGCUUUGCCAGGCACUGAAGCUGCCAGCAGUAGGAGGCUGCGUCCAUGGGUGGAGUUUGGCGGUCCCGCCUGCAGCAGAGAAGCCAUGGGCUCCUUGCCCAGCAAGUGUGUAGCUAUUGACUGUGAGAUGGUGGGCACGGGACCCCGCGGGCGGGUGAGCGAGCUGGCCCGCUGCUCUGUAGUGAGUUACCACGGCGAUGUUCUCUAUGACAAGUACAUCCGGCCCGAGAUGCCCAUCGUUGACUACCGCACCCGCUGGAGCGGCAUCACCCGGCAGCAUAUGCGCACAGCCAUCCCCUUCCAGGUGGCCCAGAAAGAGAUCCUUAAGCUCCUGAAGGGCAAGGUGGUGGUGGGGCAUGCACUGCACAAUGAUUUCCGGGCCCUCAAGUACAUCCACCCUCGGAGUCAGAUCCGGGACACCACUUACGUCCCAAACCUCCUCUGCGAGCCUGGCUUCCACACGCGGGCCCGGGUGUCUCUUAAGGACCUGGCUCUGCAGCUGCUGCACAAGAAGAUCCAGGUGGGCCAGCACGGGCACUCAUCAGUGGAAGAUGCCAUGACGGCCAUGGAGCUCUACCGGCUGGUGGAGGUGCCGUGGGAGCAGCAGAAGGCCAGCAGUUCCCGGAAGCCCCCGGAGGACAGAGAUCCUGACAGCAGUACAGACAUGGAACAGUACAUGGAGGACCAGUACUGGCCCGAGGACCUGGCCCAGGGCAGCAGAGGAGGGCCAGGGGGACACGGGGCAGGAGGGAGGGAGUGAGGAGAGGCUCUGGCUGGCCUCCGAGUAUGGUCAGGGCCAUCUUCUUCUCUUGACUCCCUCUGCCCACAGCAAAGCUCCCAUCUCUCCAGGGCUGUUGUGGGACCUUUCUCCCUGGUUUUAUCUAAUGGCACUUUACAGACACCAUGAGAAUGUCAGGUUGACUAUCUUCCUGUGCCCAGCAGGACUGGGAUUGUGUCAACAGGCUGUCCCAGGCCUUCCCCCACCCCCAAAUCUACAGUUUUCGUACUGUGCCAUCUAAAGGGAUAAUGUCUCCCUCCUUGAGGAGGUGGGGGUUUGGGACUGUCACUACCCUCAUAUUUUAGAAGCUCCCUCAUCUCAACUCAGUGACAUGGAUGGAGGGGGGCAAGGUUAAAGUUCUAUUCUUAACACUUACCUCCUCCAGAGUUGUUUUUGGAUUCAGAAUAAAUAUGCCAUGAAAUUAUAGAGUUAGGCCUCUAAAAGAGCUAUUUCUGAUCCCCAUCUCUGAGUUUAUAGUAACUCCACCAUGUGCCUGUCACCUCCUUGCUAGGCUGUGACAGAAUGGCAUAGCCCACAGGCCUCCCUUGGGAGUUGGGCACCUCACAUGCUUGGCAUUGGAGGUCACCAGGGACAACUUAGGGAGGAGGGAAAGCAGUUGAGUAUUGGAUGAAGACUGGCAUAUUAAUUUUGACCCAAAUCAGGACUCCCCCUCCCCUCCCAGCACUAGACUCUUAAACAAAAGCUUGAGAAACAAGACAACUGUUUGAAUUCUGGGGUCUUGAGCAGAAGUGCUCAGUGGACCUUUAUUUGUCAAGAGCAGGACCUCGAGCUGGGACAGAGCAUUGACAGCUCUGUAGAGUGUCUCUGCACUCGGGGGCUGGUGCCCCUCACACGCUGUGACUGGCAAUCACUGUGGUUGUUAGGUUCUCCUAAUUUCUAAAAAUGUUCUCUGGCUGGCUCUCAUUCCCCACCCCUUUUUUCUUGUUUCAUAAGGGGCCAUUUUGGGGUGUUGGGGUAGCCAAGAGCUUAAGUCACACAGACCUUGGUUCAAGCCCCAGUUUUGCUUGCCACUUACUAGCUUUGAGACCUUAUGCAAAGGUGUGACUUCAUCCUGUAGUCUGUUUCCUCAUCUGCAAAAUGGGGAUAAUGAUAAAACCUACCUCAUAAGGUUGUGAGGAUUAAAUGUUAAAGCAUUGAGCACAAUGCCUGGCACAUAGUAAACCUUGUCAAUGUGAGUUGCUGUUCUUUAAGGAUUAAUUUCAGUCUCUUCUGGAUAAAACCUCAAGCACUGACCCCUCGGCUUUGGCCCGGACAGUACGUUCUUGCCCGAGUGUUCCAGCAGUGAGGCACAGGACGGUCGUGAGAACGCAGCAUGGGGCCUCUGAGGUUCUAAACACCACCCCAGGCUUGGCUUUGUUACUAGUCUGCAUUAUCUGUAGCUACCAGGUGCUGCUGGCUUCUCGCCAGUGUCCUACCACUGUGUUCAGGAGAUAACAGUGGUUUUUCUCGUUAGUCUUAGAAGAAUAGCAGGGUUAGGGAAGGUAGAGAAAUGACACUACUCUUCAUUGGAGGGAUCAGCUUUGCGUGAGCACAGUCAUAGAUGGUUUCUGUCACUGGGCCCCUCCCUGUCAGCACAGCCAGCAGCUGACAAGUCAUUUCCCACUGUUGGCCUGACUCUAAGAAUUCAUUCCUGGGUUCCUUAAAAAAUCUAGUGGACUCCCAACUCAUAGCUGAGCUGGAGCUUCAAUCCUUUGGUUUGUGGGUUGAAGAGCUGAUCCAGGAAGAUGGAGCCGUGACCAGUGAGGAAAUGAGUUUUACUGGGUUUUAAAUCAGCUGUGUUGUAAAGCCUUUGUUCUGGAAUAAAAUUGAAUUGGAAAAGUG